CGGCGCUAAGAUGGCGGACGGCGCCCUGCUCCUCACCGACUCGGGCUCCGAGGGCGGCCGCUCCCCGCCGCCGCCGCCCCCCCCGCGCCGCCGCCGCCGCCGGGCGCGCCCCGCGGAGAUCAUCGAUCUGACCCGCGAGGACACGAGCGCAGAGCCGGUGCCGUGGAGCAGCAUCACCAUCAUCGACCUGACGAAGGAAGACACGUGCAGCCCUCCUCCGCCCACGGACUGUGCUGAUCGUGAGCCUGCUGCCCCAGCCGUACGCGUGUCCCAUCCCAGGCUUUGCUUCACCACAAAGCAAGAAACGGAGGCGGCGGCGGGGCUGAGCCCUGCAGCGCCCCAGCAUGACGCUCCCACGUACCCCUGUGCUGCCGCAGACACGGCAGGAGCGGUGGAGAACAAGGGCUGCUUCUCUCCUGCCUCCAGCCACCACAGCUCCUUCUGCAGCCCGGAGCAGAACUGCAGCACCACCACGUUUAACAGUGACUUGGGCUCCCUGGCCAGCAUGCCGCUGGACACGGACCUCUUCUCCCUGUCCCCCUCCAGUACGGACAGCAGCGGCAGCUGUGGAACCUGUGGCACAGAGGAGGAGACCCCCCACCCUUGGCAGCUAAGGGAGCUCCCCAAAAGCCCGAGCCCUGUCCCAGGCAGCAUCAGCACAAGCCCAGGGAAGGCCAGAGGGCCUUUGCUGGAAGCAGGGGACUCAGCACUACGCAAAGCAACCCAGCAAGUGACCCCAGGCCGGACCACGGCUGACAGCAGGGUCUGGCUGAACAAACUGCGCUAUUUCAGGAGGAGCGGAGUCCACCACCUCUUCCUCCACGGCUUAAAACACAACAGGGAAACGCUGCAGAAGGCCGAGCUCAUCCCCAGCAGGAAGAUGAGCAUGGUGCACACCACCAUGGAGGAGAAUUUCCUGGAGGGCACCUUGCAUUUCCUGAGCGACUUCGUCUCCGGCCAGCACUGCCCCCCCAAAGAAAUCAUCUCCCACCUGAUCAGGCACAUCCUGCUGAACCCCCACCAGGGGGAGAUCCUGAAGGACACCUACAUGCUGCUGAUGAAGAUCCAAAUGCUCCAUCCAGCCAACACCGCCACUGUGGGAUGGGACUGGGCGCUGCUGAAGUACAUCAUGGAAGACCAGGAGAAGCCCCCUGGCCGACUGCUCUUCCUGCAGUACGUGGUGCAGACCCUGGAGGAUGACUUCCAGCACAACCUGAAGCUGCGCCUGCUGCAGAAGUCAAUUGCCAAGAAAGUGCUUUCCUGUGACGUGUGCUUCAACAACGUGAAGGAGGUGGUCGAAUGGCUGGUGGCAGCAGUGACAGGAAUCGGGUUCUCCCAGCCCCAGGAGCCAGAAGCGACGCACUCCUCCGCAGAAGCGCGGGCUGAAUGCAGCUCAUCCGCAGCGAGGCCAGCCAGCGCUGACCAGACAGAGGCCCUCCCACCAACUGUCUUCGCCCAGAAGGCAAUGCUCCUGCUCCAGCGGAUGUUGUCCAUGGCAGUGGAAGUGGACAAAUCUCCCAACUGCAGCUCCUGCAAGAUCGCUGACGUAAUAUUUCCAUUCAUUCUGAAUAUUCCUGUGAGGAGCCAAAGGGAAGCUCUGUUAAACACCAUGGAUAGCCACCUCCUGCGCUGCAAACUGCUGGAGAUGAUGUUCCAGCACAGCUGUGAUGUGCCCACAACCUUGCCCUUGUCUCUGUCCAAGAUCCUGCAUUUCCUGGACCACUCCUCUGUGCUGCUUCAGUACCAGGAUGAAGUAGCAACGUGGCAAAGGUGGGACGAAAUGCUGCAAUACUUGAGUUUGCUGCUGCUAAGUUACCAAAACGUAAUACUGGAGUGAGCUCCAGAAGGGGACAGUGCCUUCUUCCACCAGGCUAGCCUUGUGCAGAAGUGUCAAGGAUAACCAGGAAGGAACCCGCACAGUUCCCAGCUGCUCUACUGCUGCACAGCACUGCCGGGGGAUGCUGCGAUCGGUCCCUAGGAGGUCAGAUGGCCCGUUGCAUGUUACCUCUUCCCAACAGCAUUUCCUCUUGCAGAGCACUUACGGAGCUCACUCCAUGAGCGGAUGGACUUGAUCAUUCAGAAAGCCAAGCCCAAGCUCCAGGAUGACGACGAGAUCAGCCACCUGGACAUCCACCUGAAGAUAGAGGACUUCCUCAGCCGAAUGCAGCAGCUCCUGGGGCAGCCCUUCCCGCUGCAGAUCGAGGAGAAAGUGUACAUGAUCCAACAGUUGUUUCUCAUUGUCACUGCUACCUGAUGGAGCUUCGUGUUUCCUUUAAAAGCUGUGAACUUAAAACCCUGUCUCAUGCUGCAGUCUCAAGUGUCAUCUCACGUUUAAUAUAUUUGGAAAAUCUUUUGUUUACAGUUUCAGAAUUCCCUUCCAAAUCUGCCUCGUCCUACGGUUUUACAAAGCACUUUGUACACCUGUAAAAAAUAAAUAAAUUAUUUUUGUAUUUGUUGAGCCUCUUCCUUCUUGGUGCCCAAAGGAAGCCCACAGCUCUACUAGCUGUUCCUUGGGAUAGCAUCAGACUAAAGCAGCCAUAAACUGGCAAUAGGUUGCACAGCAAAAUGCCAUAAUACCUCUUCAGUGUUUAGGAAAAGUUGAUGAGCUUUUCAAAACGCACAGCUGUGGAAUACAGCGAGGGGGUUCACAGUGUCAAGAUCUCCAGGACACGCAAGGGAUGAACUUUUCUGUUCCUAAACAAACACAUCGAUGUGACUCGGAGCAAGGUAGCUAGCCACGUCAAGAAAGGCGUGGAUAGCAGUUGGAAGGGCAGCACUUCUUCCAGAAGGCGCCGUGGCUGCAGUGCAGCCAAGUACACAUCAUCAGGAUGAAUACUGGAUUCAAAUCCACUGCCACCAACUCAGAUCCAUAAUUCAGCUGGGCCAUAGUUAUAGUUGUUAUUUUCUGAUUCUUUGAUCAUAUCCCAGGAACAAAACUUGAGCAGGAUACAGAAAGCAGAAUGAGAGUAUCACACCAAGAGACCACCCUUUAACAACAAGCAGCCUUUCGAACUAAACUGAGGUGUAACCACGACCUGCAGCAGCAGACAGUACAAGAGCAUCUAGGCGCUUCAGCUUCUAUUCGACCACUUUCAGCAAACAUUCAAAGAAAAACAGAGCCAGUGUCCAGCUCAGUCAUCCCCAACCCAGAACUGUGUGCUCUGUCAGGAGCACUCUGACAGCCCUAAGUGCCACAGCAGCACUCAAACCAAAAGGAGGAAGGCAAAGCCAGGAGCUGGGCAUCACUAGGCAAAUACCAGCCCGGUUCCCACAUCUGUGCCCACCUCCUUGGUGCAGGUGCAAACAUUCAUCUGAACAGCUCAAAAAACUACAAGGUUUCAUCAGCGAAAGGCCUAAAACAGGACUUAAUCUGGCUUUAAACCUAGUCUCCCUCUUAAAAAGGAGUUUUACGCAGCAAGUAUUUACCACAGUGG